UUCGUUUCAGAUCCCACCCCACCAUCGUGUUUAACCCCGUGCUUCGUCUGUUUCGGCAUCGAUCGCACGUAAUCGGAGGCGAUCUGGAGAAAGCAUGGUUGGUGACGAUGUCUCAUUGGAAGGAUUGGAGCAAGAGCUCGAAGAUUGCAAAGCUGACGAGUUAGUUGCCAACAUACUGUCCAAAGGAACGAAAUCGCGAGACUAUACGAAGGAUGUGGAGAACAAUUUACGGCAAUCUGAACUCGAAUCCAUUGAGGAUUACAUUAAAGAAAGUGACAAUUUAGUUUCUCUUCAUGAUCAAAUUCAUGAUUGUGACAUCAUCCUAUCGCAAAUGGAAAAGGUUCUCAGUGGAUUUCAGGCUGAAAUUGGUUCAAUAAGCUCAGAUAUUAAGAUUCUUCAAGAGAAAUCUAUGGACAUGGGGCUUAAGCUCAAGAAUCGAAAGACCUUCUUUGAUGCUGAGAUCAAGAAAAUGAAAGUAAAAAACUGCUACUUUCCCCUGUUUGUAUCCUCAAAUGUCCUACAGAAGGAGAAAGACCAUAUAGAGGGGUUUGCGCCCGAGGUUGCAUGGGUAACAAAUCUGGAGAAUCUGACCUGGAGAAUCCUAUUGCAAUCCGUCCAACUAGUGAAACUGUUUUGUAUCCAUAUUUUUCCAAAUUAAUUAGGGGGCACCGAGACUUGCCUCUGAGGCUUAAUCAGUGGUGUAAUGUUGUGAGAUGGGAGUUCAGCAACCCCACCCAUUUAUCAGGAGUCGUGAAUUUCUUUGGCAAGAAGGACAUACUGCUUUUGCAACCAAGGAAGAGGCAGACAUUGAGGUCCGUGACAUUUUGGAACUCUAUAGACGCAUAUAUGAAGAGUUCUUGGCUGUUCCAGUUAUUAAGGGGAAAAAAAGUGAGCAUGAGAAGUUUGCUGGGGGACUCUAUACAACAACCGUUGAGGCUUGUUCCAAACACCGGGCGUGGUCUGCAAGGUGCAACUUCACAUUGUUUGGGUCAGAAUUUUGCUAAAAUGUUUGAGAUAAAUUUUGAGAAUAAGAAAGGAGAAAGAGCUAUGGUCUGACAAAAUUCAUGGGCGUAUAUGGUGAUUACUCUCUUUAUUAUUAUUACUCUUUCUAGGCGCUCAGAUAUCCAUGCAAAGUAAUGUCGUGUGGUUGAAAUCAAAUACUUUCUGUUUCACCGUUCUCUGAUUCAGAUUUACUUUGUGUUCCAAAAUAUGAAUUUUACCAGUCCAUUUACUCUCCCCAAAACAUGGAUCCUAUGUUUCUGUUAGAAAUACUGACCUAGUUUUCUGUGGAUAUUUAUUUAAUUAUGUAUCUGCUUUCAAUUUUAAGUUAAAAUUUAUGUGAUGGAAUAGAUAUUGAUAUUUGGGUU